AUGUCUUUUCGUUUAUAUUUUGCUAUACUUUCUAUUGGAUUUCUAAUUGAAAUUGAAGGUAAAAGCGCGCCAAGAGUAAAAUUAUCUGGUCGUAUAAAUCAUUUACUUAAUAUAACUGAUGCUGAAAACAAAUUUGAUACUGUCUUAGAAACAUACAUCAACAGUGAUUGUACUUUAUCGAUUUAUAAAUCCGAAAUGAAAUCAUUUACUGACAAAUUCUUGUCGUUUCAAUCAUUACGUCCUCAUAUUGUUCGAAUCUAUCGAGAUCUUUAUACAUUAUCAGAUGUCAAUGGAAUGAUUAAAUUUUAUACAUCAUCAUUAGGAAAAAAAGUACUUGAAAAAGAAGUUCAAGCUGAACUUCGUCUUUCUCAAUUAAUUAAAAAUAAACUACAAGAACAAAUGCCACAAGUUAUUUCAUGGUUUCAACAAGUAUUUUUCACAAAUGUAUCCAAUAAUGAAAUUAAUUAA